ACCUCCUGCUCUCCCAAGCAAUCUUCCCUGGCCCCUUCAUUUAAUAACCCUCCUCAACAUACAACCGCCCGUCAUUCGCUAACGUACGCCACCUCUCCUUGGUGAUGGCCAUUUUGCGCCACCGCCACCGCCGCCACUCCUUCACCGCCAUCGCUUUUCUCCUGUUUGCCUCCGCCUCCGUCAUCACUCUCUUCCUACUAGAUAGUGGGUUCCACCUCCAGGAGAAGGAGAACAACUCGGCGGUAUUAGACCGGAUUUUGACUCAGAAGCGGCUCGUCGGGCCAGGUUCUUGGCCGCCUUCCUGCAGAUCCAAGUGCGGCAACUGCUCGCCGUGUACACCGGUUCACGUCCCGAUUCAUCCAGGAGUCAGUUUUCCUCUGGAGUACUACCCUGAAGCUUGGAGAUGCAAGUGUGGCAACAAGCUGUUUAUGCCCUAAAUAGAGAGAGAUCAAAACCAAUACAGUAACUUAAAAAAAUCCUAAAUUCCCCCUUCUCUUCCUUGUAUUUUGAUACUAGUAGUCUUAUAAUUGGUUGCUGUUUUGGUAGCUGUAGCAUGUUUAUAUAUAAUAACCUUGGGAAUGUAAGUUACUCUAGGUGAGAUCACUAAGGGGAACUCUUUCUCUUUCUGUGAUCAUAAUUUUUUUUUUUUCUUUUGCCUUUCACUUGCGUUUGUACUGCAAGUUUUUUUUAUAACAAAAGAUUGGAGCAGAGGCUAAAUGGAGAAAGAAAGCGAGGAACAGCCGCAAACAUGUACAUGGUGUUUCUAUUAUGGGGAUGGAAUUGAGGAGGAUGAACAUGGAAACAGGAAAAGGAGAUGGGAAUUGCAAUGUUGUGUUGUUUUCUUCUAGUACUAGAUAUGCAGAAUGCACAUAGUUCUUUUUAUUUUCCCCUUCCUUUUUCCACCUUUUCCAUGUUCAUCAAUGUAUAUUUUCAUAGUAGUAAAUCUGUUUCGCUGUG